AUGGAAACAGUGGUCAGAGCAUGCGGUGAGGAAAUUAAUAGUAAAACUAAUGAUAUAAUGGUGAGAGACCUCCAAAUGACAAACAAAGAUGAAAUCCAAAAGUUGAAAGAAGGUGAAGAAGAAAAGAAAAAAUCUUACUGUGCGAAAUGUUGCAUUAAUAAGAAAUUAAGUGACAUUGAUAUAGAAAAACUUUCUCUGGUCAAAAAUUUAACUUUGAAGCAAAAGACUCCAAUUCGAGUAUUGCACAGAAGACCUUUAGCAAUGCGUGAGAGGAUUAUACACAGCAUAUCUGCUACUAGAUUAUCCGAUUUUAUAUUUCAGUUACAUUUGGUGACACAGGCUGGAACGUAUCCUUAUGCUGAUGAAUAA